AAAGCUCCACAAUUUUAUUUUUUAUUUUUUAUUUUGCCUCUUCCUCCAUGAAAACUCACUCACUCAUUCGCUUGGACUUAAAAGCCUUUCGUUUCUACAUCUCUCUGCCAGUUACUCUGUCCCAUUCUCUCAGCCACUGCCACACUUCUCUCUCUCUCUUCUUUCUUUUUUGGUUUUUUUUUUUUUUUGGUAUAAUGUAAAACUAUUUCAGUGAGAUUGUUGAAUGCGAUUCAAAAUCCGAAAAUGUUCAUCGUGAACAUAUCCGCGGCUUCAUCUAGAUCCGAAAUGCGUGGUGGGUUCGAUGUAAAUUCGAAUCGCAUUUGAAGGUACUUUUUUUUUUAUUUUUUUAUUUUUUUUUAAAUCUUGGGGGUGAAGAGGCAUUGGAAGGGAGAGAUGGGAUCCAGUGGUAGCAAAGCGACGUCAUCGUCGUCCUCGUCGUCGUCGACGCCGUCUUCGACUGCGACAACAACAUGGUCUUCGUCGUCUGGAAGUGGUAGUGGUCGGAGGGGUCGAUCUAAAGGGCACAGAGUUUUCCAAUACUCUUGUCUCGGAACCACUUCUCGAUCUCACGAAAGCGACAAUGAUGACCAGGUUUGUGAUCCUCGGAAUAAAGAAAAUGGAAGUAAUUCCCUGUACAGAAAUCGUAAUGGGUCUGAGUCAGAUCAAGAAAAAAUUGAGUGUUACAGAAAGGUCAAGGUUGAGAAGUCUGAUGAAGUGCCUUCUAUAUCUUCAAAUGUGGAGUGGGGUCAAGGUAAUCUUACCGAUUCUGCAGCCAGAAGUGGUAGUAGCUCUGCUCGAGCUUCUUCUAAUCAAUCCUUGCAUCCUUCUAGUCGCUUCCUCUCUCGCUUUAGUUUCAUUCCAGGUAAUGUAAGCUUCAGACUAAGCAGGGCAACCAGUUUAGGGUCAUCCAGAUCUUAUCCUCUUCCUUCAACAAGUGUCACAAUAUUGAACAAUGAAGACGAGGUUCAGCUACACACAGGAUCUGCCAAUGGUUUGGCUGAUAGAGAUGAAAGUCCACGAAAUAACAACCGGCUUACUACUUCACUGAGUAAUCAAAGGCCUACACUUUAUUGUGAAGAUACUUCUGCUAACUUGCAACUCGACACUCCAGCAUCUGUUUUUUCUGACAACUUGGGAGAUGAGCAGACAAGUUCUUCUACUCAAGAUGUUGUUAGACAUGGUGAUUGUAUGGGAGUGGGGUUUGAUAUAAACUCUUGCUCUCAAAGAACUCAUACUGAAAUGGAAAGCAUUGGAACUAGAAUUGCUGAUAGGCAUGCUGGAGCUAGAGAACCUGUUGAGCGGAAUGUUCGUUUUAGUAGAACUCUUAGUGUGGGAAGACUACGUGAUAGAGUUCUCCGACGAUCAUCAUUGUCUGACUUCACAUUUUGUCCCAUGCAGCAAGUGGGAGAAGUGAGAGAAACCAGUCAGGGUAGUGGGACACAGGCUUGGGGGGAUGAGUCGAGAACCUUGGCAUCUGAAGGUAAUGGGGUAACCUCCCCAAAUGUAUCUGGUUAUCCUCCACCUAGUAUGUCUAGCUCAUUAUUUGGUAUCCAAGAUUAUGAGGCAGAAGCAUCGCAGUCAAGGGAAGCCAGGUAUCAUGAUCUACUGGAACAUAGGUCGAAUUUCCUUGAAAGGAGAAGAAGGAUACGAUCCCAGGUUCGUGCUCUUCAGCGGUUGGGAAGCCGUUUUGAAAACCUGUCUGGACAUGAGAGGUCUUGUAUUGUAUCUGGACAACAUAGAACAGGCCGUUGUACUUGUCGUAUGAGUAGCCGGGAUUCCCAUGUAAAUGAUGAAACCAGUGCAAGGGCUAGCAUAUCAAGAAUUGUCAUGCUCGCUGAGGCUCUGUUCGAGGUUCUGGAUGAAAUUCACCAGCAAUCUGUGGUUUUAUCCUCCCGACCUUCUGUAUCUUCAAUUGGAUCUGUUCCUGCACCAAUUGAAGUUGUUGAAUCUUUGCCUGUCAAGUUAUACACCAAGUUACAAAGACAGCAGAAUGAGGAGGCUGCACAAUGUUAUAUAUGCCUUGUGGAGUACGAGGAAGGAGACAGAAUGCGAAUAUUGCCUUGCCAUCAUGAAUUUCACAAAUCAUGUGUUGACAAGUGGCUAAAGGAGAUUCAUAGGGUAUGCCCUCUUUGUCGCGGGGAUAUAUGCAGAUCUGAUUCACUGCCAACAGAGAACUAAGUUGGUGAAUACCUACUUCUCAAAGAUCUAUGGAACUCUUGGGAAUCAAAGCUUUCUGCUUUUUGACAAUGAAAACUGAUUCUUUUUUAGCAUGGUGCUUGGAAGUUCAGUCCUCUCAGAUGAUUAUAUCACCUUUGACAAUGAAAAACUGAUUCAUUUUUAGCAUGAUGCUUUGAAGUUCAGUCCUUUCUGCUAAUUGUAUUUUCAUUCCCAAAUAUAAACUAAAAUUGUUUAGUGUAUAUAGAAAGCUGGUAGAAAUAGGCUGAACUACUUGAGAUCUGCUUUUUUGGCCAUAGCCUGAAUUCGGGGAGAGACGUGGAAGAGAGGUUUGUUUCCAAUGGAAAAAUUACUGUGAAUAUGACAAAGCCAAAAGCUCUGUUGUUGUAUUACAGCUAAGUUGUAUCAUUUAUUCAUUUAAUGCCUCGCAGAUUCUCUGCCGGACCCAUUUUUUCACA